UUGGCUCAGAACACUUUCAGAAACAGCCAGGGCCAUUCACAAGCAAGAACCUCGCACCAUGAUUCGUGCUGGCUUGCCUUUGGAAACUGGGAUUUUACCCUCUCAUAUUGAGUGCUGCAGCUGUCCUGAAGCCAAAACCAUCAAACCUGGAUGUAAAAAUCCUACAGGUAAAGACAUUUGAAUCGGAGAAGUUGAAAUGCUUCACUCAAGCAUUGGAGGACUUCACCUGCGUCUGGGAUGAAAGGAGUAACAGAAGCAACAGCAGCCAGUACAGAUUCUUCUACCAGUACCUGUACCAGGAUGAAGGGACGAAGAAAGAAUGUCAGCUUUUCACGGAAAAGAUUGCCGGUAACACAACACGUUACAUCUGUUCCCUUCCGAUUAUGGAGGUGGCUUUGUUUGUCCCACUGGACAUUGAGGUGGUGCUAAACGCAAGUGUUGUCAUGAGCAGGAAGGACAUAUACAUUAAUCAUUUGGUUGUCUUGGAUCCGCCGUCCAACAUGACAGUCCGCCCGACCGGGAAACCCGGACAGCUUCACGUCAAGUGGUCACCGCCUCAGUUUAAAUACCUGGAAAAUUCCUUAAUGUACGAAGUCAAUUUUUCUUCAGCUGGUUCCAACAUGCAGAAGGUGGAGAUUGUCAAAGGGAAAACAGAGUGUGUCAUUCUGAAGCUCAAAUCACAAACGGAAUACCUUGUCAGUAUCCGUGCAAAGCCAGAUGGACUCUCCAUGGAUGGAUACUGGACUGCGUGGUCCAAACCGGUGUCAGCUUUUACAGAUUCAGACCUGGAUCCACUGAUUGUGAGCCUGACUUCGGUCCUCAUCCUGAUCACUGCAUUGCUGUUACUGACGAUUAUCCUCACCCACCGCAGGAUGAUAAAGAAAACUGUCUGGCCGCUGAUUCCUUCCCCGGAGAACAUGUUCGAUGGACUUUUCACUGUAUACCAGGGAAACUUCCAGGAGUGGCUUGGCCGAGGCAAUGUACAUGUCUGCUGGAACCUCCAGUUCUUCAGCACUGAUGAACCACCCACAGCCCUGGAGGUCUUGUCCGAGAUAAAGACCUUCCCGCCAGGCUUGGUGAGGAACAAGCAUCAGGAAAUCUUCCAAGAAGAACAGAGGUCCCUGAUGAGCGGAUCAGGUGCCUUCAAGCUGCAGCAAGAAUGGGCGCCAUUGGACGAGAGCAAGUCACCUGACGACUUGCAGUCACAAGCCAACACCAGGGAGUCCUAUGUUGUCCUGAAUCAGAAUAUUUUGCUCAAUAACGACUUCCUUUCUGACACGCACAGUUUCACUCACAGCAGCAACGAUGUCUCAGAGGAAGAGAUGCCUUUGCAGUUGCUGUUUUGGAGUCCUGGAAUGAAGCAUCAGAACAAGACUUCACCUGAAGAGGGGGAAGAAAACUUUGUGUUUCAUGACUCAAUGUCACAGCAGUCCUCACAGUCAAGUGGGAUCGGCUGUGAAAGCCCAGCAUCAAUUGGAGCUUUUGACUAUGCCAAAUGUGACCCUAGUGGACAAUUGCUGUACCCAACUCCCUCGGAGGCUGUUCCGGAGAACAACACAAGUUAUCCGUACCUUCUAAUGCUGGACUCUGGGGUUUCUACUGGCUUCAGCCUAACUGACUUUCCAACAUUCAUUAGUAGAGCCAACACAGGUAUUUACACAAAUCUCUGCAAAAGGGAAGGCCUCCGUGAGAACAUUCCUGCCUCAGAUAUCCUCCACAUAGAAGUCUAAGGUCAUGCGUCGUGGAAAGUUCCUGUAUUUGGGAAAAGGAAGGCUGAACUGCAGUUAAAAUCCUACUGUUGGUACUUAAGGCUUUAUCAUGUAGAUUGCAUCACAAGUUUCAUUUGGGCUGUAAGAGUGAAGCAGACAAAUUAACUUGAUGCGCAGGGUUAAGAAACCAAUGGGGCUCACAGAGGAACAACUGCUACUAUGGGCAACAUCUGCUCAGACCCAGCACCUUCCCAAGAUAACACCAAAGAAACAGACUACUCAACCCAAGUCAGUGCACCAAGUUGGAGAUUGUAGCAAGGCAGAAUAUCCGAGCGAUAUUGAUUGUGAAGGAGUAGAUCUUCAUGUGUUUGAUUUCAUGAGGAAUUUCAAGGUGAUAGAUGGGCAAGUAGCUGGCAAGCCAAGAAUAAGGGUAUAGGUUGGAUAUGCACAGUCUGGGGAAAGAACAUGACCAGUCGAUUUGGACCGUACACUUCCAGAGAGAAACUAUGUCACUUAACUAUCAGUACUCCUGACUUAUCCCUUGGAAUGCAUGAUGUUCUUUCAGAUAAGAAAGUGGAUGAGUUUGCUUAUACAAUAACACCUAUCAGAUUAUAAGACAUAAGACAUAGGAGCAGAAUUAGGCCAUUCGGCCCAUCGAGCCUGCUCCACCAUUGGAUCAUGGCUGAUUUAUUUUUCCCUCUCAACUCCAUUCUCCUGCCUUCUCCCAGUAACCUUUGACACCCUUACCAAUCAAGAACCUAUCAACCUCCACUUUAAGUAUACCAAGUGACUUGGUCUCCACAGCCGUCUGUGGCAAUGAAUUCCACAGUUUCACCACCCUCUGGCUAAAGAAAUUCCUUCUCAUCUCUGUUCUAAAGGGACGUCCUUCAAUUCUGAGGCUGUGCCCUCGGAUCCUAGACUCUCCCACUGAUGGAAACAUCCUCUCCACGUCCACUCAAUCCAGGUCUUUCAAUGUAGUGUCGUGUGCAAGGGCUAAAGAUGGAAGGGGUUCAACUGUUAGGUGAACUUACAUCAAUGACGUGAAAUGGUUCAAUCUGCUUAUAAACUGUAUGAGCAGCCUCAACUAAAAAAGAUUACUUAGCGAUUACACAGCUGGGGUAACACCACCCUGACACCUUACACCAAGAAAAUUACAAAAUAAAUAAAUAGUGCAAAAUGCAAGGAAUAAUAAGGUAGUUUUUAUGGGUUCGUGGACCAUUCAGAAAUCUGAUGGUGGAGGGGAAGAAGCUGUUUCUGAAAUGUUGAGUGUGGGUCCUCAGGAUCCUGUACCUCCUCCUCGAUGGUAGUAACGAGAAGAGGGCAUAUCCCAGAUGGUGAAGGUCCUUAGUGAUGGAUGCUGCCUUCUUGAGGCAUUGCCUCUUGAAGAUGUCCUCGAUGGUGGGGAGGGUUGUGCCCGUGAUGGAGCUGGCUGAGUCUACAACCCUCUGUAGCCUCUUUUGAUCCUGUGCAUUGGAGCCUCCAUACCGGGCGGUGAUGCAACCGGUCAGAAUGCUCUCCACCGUACAGCUAUAGAAAUAUGCAAGAGUCUUUCGUGACAUACCAAAUCUCCUCAAAUUCCUAAUGAAAUAGAGCCACUGGUAUGCCUUCUUUUUGAUUGUAUCAACGUGUUGGGCCCAGGGUAGAUCCUCCGAGAUGUUGUUCCGAAUGAGGCAGUUAAAAGUCAACCAUGCUGGUGGGUCUGGAUUCACGUAUAGCUCUGACUGGGCAAAGACAGCAGGUUGCUCCCUCUUCUCUUGCUUCCAGGGACGGAGAUGGGUUUUUAGAACAAGCUGGUAGUUCCAUAGUUACCAUUACUGAGUUUCCAUCGCUACCAUCACCCUUCAUUUUUUUAAAUUAAUUGAAUUUAAAUUUCUCAGAUUCAAGGUUGGGAAUUAAUUUCAUGACACAGUGCCAAUGGACCAGAACCUUGGUGCUGUUUGACUAACUUUGCCUUAGUUUGGGCCCACAGUGCUAAACAUGCCUUGGUGGCAAGCACUCUCGCCUCUGCGCCAGAAGGUUGUGAGUUCCAUACCCAACUCUGGAGGAUGGAACAUGCCCCAGCGCAGUAUUCAUGAGCAAAGAGCCACCAAAACAUGCACAAAAGCCUGGCCUCUGCCAUGCUGGCUCGACAAGAAACAAGCCAACUUCUGAAAGUCCCAGAGAUAAAACUGUGACCAAAAACAAGACCUGUAAUACCCAGGAGACCGCUCGAUCACACCGCCUUUACAGAUCCUCACAACUGGCAUCAGCUCUACCACCUCAGGAAGAAACUAUCAUCAACACAAUUUGGAAACUCACCUCAUCUGUAAGGGGAGCAUAGACUCCGACUCACCCUCCACCAACACCUGCCUCCACCAACAUCAACACGUUACAACAAGGAACCCCUCCACUCUGCCCUGGUAUCAUCCACACCUCGUCUAGUGGUAUCCAGCUGAACCCCAUGUAGAAUCAUCACUGGAAAGCACUUACUGACAUCAACACCCCUGUACCCAGUGCUUUGGAAGAUCACAAAUAUACAGACUUCAGGGAAUCCAAAGACAAUGUACAAGAAGUCUCUCUUAAAUCUAGAAGGUUAUUGAGCAGACCAUGAUGGCCAAUGUCAUUUGCUCUGGAAGACCUGCUGCCCAACAAGUGGAUUCCCCAUGGAAACCCCCCACAGCAGAACAUGAAGGAUCAAGUCUCCCUGACAAGAGCUGGACAAUCAUCUGUUGCACCUGAACCGUCCAUGGUGUGUGAGCUUCAAAAUGGAAAGCCAACCGUCGUGUGACCUCAGAGCUCCAGGUCAGAACAAGGGAGCAGAUCAUCAAACCUGCAACUUGCAGGUAGUACUGAUGUUGUUACACCAGAAACCCUGAUCUGGAAUGCCUGCCUUGGACAAACAAGGAGAUGGAAAUGGAGGAGGGGAGUUGGGAGGGGAACUAAAAGAUGGUGAGGCCAGAAGUAACCUCGAAUGGCUCAAGUUCAAGUUCAAGUUUAUUGUUGUCAUAAGCGUACAUACCCAGGGUACAAAGACCAUGAAAAUUAGUCUUCUGCAGCAACAGCUCGUUAUAUUACAUCACAAGGACAAACAUAGGUUAACAUAAACUUAAGUUAACAUAAAUUAUACGUAACUUACACAACUAAAUGAACAUAACAACACUAGUGCAAAAUUGAGAGAGAGAAAAAUAUAGUGGGAGGUUGUGUUAAGGUUUUUCAUGUCAGUUCAAGAACCUUAUGCCAAUGGGGAAGAAGCUGUCACUGAACCUCGAGGUGAAGUUAUAGAACAAUUGGGUUUUUGCAUUAACUGUGUGGUAGGUGGACAGUUUAUCAGUUGUAAAAGUGGUGUCAUGUUGAAGACCAGACAAUAUCAGUAAGGAGUGUGUGUUGAUGGAUAGGGGAACACUGCACUCUUUGCAUCUUCACACACCCAUGCACUAGUUUCUAAGAAAUUUAAGGGGGCCUGCUUGGAGUCGUCAGUGCUUUCAAUUAAUAUAUUUCUCCACUGGGUGCCUGCCAUGCUUGUCUGCUUGACAUUAACGCAGAGGCCACAGUAGAGACAGAAAGUGCUGACCAUGAUUUUGCAUUGUCGGAGGGGAGACAUCUACGUGAGUUCAUGGCGAGUGCGAGCAGCAGUGUCCCAUUCAGGCAACUUAAAUCCCCAUCGAGUUUGCCACAGCAACUUAGUGCAGUUGUAGAGUGCAUUGCUCUCACCACAGAACUGCCUGUUUGCCAACCUGGCAGAAGCCUGAAGUCCCACACCACCAGGUUCAAGAGCAGCUAUUUCCCUUCAACCAUUUGGUCUUGAACCAACUUUCCACUACAAUGGAUUUUGGCUUUUUUUUUGUUCUAUUUGUGUUCUUUCUGGUGUAAUUUAUGUUUACUUUAUGUUUUUCUUGUGAAUGUUGUGUAUCUGAUGCUUUGUGCCUGUGAUGCUGCUGCAAGUAAGUUUUUCAUUGCACCUGUGCACACAUGGACUUGUGCAGAUGACAAUAACUUGACUUUCAACUAAUUUGGAAUUGUGGGCUUCAGGUCAAAGUCAAAGUUGAGUUUAUUGUCAGAUGCACAAGUCCAUGUGUGCACAGGU